AUGCAAUAUGACAUCAAAAAUCUGUUAUGCUUACCCGCUGAAAUCCUGGAGAUGAUUACGCUACAUCUAGAGUACGCAUAUGAGAUUAAUUCCCUCUCACAAACAUGUCAACGACUCUAUAGCAUCGCUAGUAGUUGUCUCUUUAGCUAUUACACUAAAGAAUGUUCUCCUCGUGGACUUGAGCGCAUCGUGAAGAACGACAACACGGGCGCACUCUACAAGCUCUUGGUCAAUGGACUCAACUUCGAUAGAUACUUUCGCAUCACCGGGCACUCAACGCCCAUCCAUUUGACUGUCGACAAGGAUCUUUCAAGAAUUGCCGAGCUGCUUGUUGUCUACAGUGAGGUAUUUUUGCAAAGCGAUCGAUGUAAAUAUGGUUCAUCACUGGGCGGCCCGGGCCACAGGGCACAUGAGGAUGAACUCGAAAGGACCCUUUACCGCGCCGCGAACAAAGGUAGCCUGGGAGUCAUGAAAGUGCUUGCAUCUUCCGCGGCAGUAAAUAAAUGGCAAAGGGCCGUUGCUCUGGCGUACGCGGUCAAUCGAGGCCACUUAGCCCUGGCUAGGUACUUGAUCGAAGAGGCGAGGGUUGACGUCAACCAACAAAUUACUCUUUCCGGUUUCUUCGAAUCAUUCCUCACACAAGCCGCAUGUCGGGGAAAUUUGGAAAUGGUCAAGCUUCUCGUGAAGGCCGGUGCUGACCUUAAUUGCCCGAACAUCCAGCGCAUGGCAAAGUCCCCUCUUUGCAUCGCUGCUGCCAGGAGUCAUGGGGUAAUAGUACAGUAUUUGAUUGACAUGGGCCUGCAGUUCCCCUGUGUGAAGUUCUUUGACAUUUUGGAUUUGGCGGAAUUUUCCACCUUGCCGGACUACAAGAUCUCGAAUGUGGUAAAGGGGUUGACCUCCGGGCAAUCAUGGCUGGCCCCGAGUAUCAAGGCUGUGGGGGCUAUGCCAGAGGCUGCUUCUACGAUGUGA